GUAUUAUUGCAAAGCAGUUUACAGUAAUUUCACAGGUGAACGGAUUUCGUGAACUGCAUGGUCAAAGGUUCCUCGAAGUGAAACCGAAGUGGAAGUGGCGCAGCGGUGGCAACUGGGUCCUGCUUGACCGAUGCGCGCACAUCAGGUGAAUCACAGAUAUGUUACAAGAGGCAGCGGUGACGACGGAGCCUCUCCAAUUCGUUUGCUGCGCACCAGCGGGAGAGUCUAUACCAGGUGCAGUGAAACAUUUAUGUGGAAAGGAGACGGAACUCAGACACAUUAGCAGGACAGCACAUGCACUACUGUCUGAUAGAAGAUCAACUUUAUAAGUUUGUGUUUUGAUGUUUAUCUCCAUGGCAUUUCUGAGACCGUGGAGACUAUCGACGAGAUGCUGUGAAUGAAACAUAAGGCGUAUGAAUUUGGAAGAAAUUUAUGAAUGGUUGACUGAGAGCUAUUUUACAGCUCGGGAGGUUGUUUCAUGAUUAAACUAGGUUGCUGGAUUGAAAACAUCGCAGAAAAUCGGCGUUUGGUAACAACCGCAGCAGAGAUCUCUCUCAAGGAUACAGUGAUCGGUACAUCCCAUUUUAACAUGAUUUUUUUUUUUUUUUUUACAUCAAUCUCAAUUUGCUUAAUAAAUGAAAAUACAUUUAUCUCAAACAAGUUAACAGAAAUACGGAAAAAAAAUAAACUGCAUUAGAUGUGUGUUGUAAUAGGCGAAUGAUGGCAAGUACCAGGGAUCAUCUCAUGAUGAAUUUUUGAAACUUCUGCUCUGGAAUGGUUGGCUAUAUUUCAUCAGGCAGGUGCGUGUGGCAGAUGAGGUUUUUGGCAACUACAUAAACUCAACGCGUCUGCACGGAACAACAACAAUGAUCGGACCGAGGGGCAUCUGAGUCUGGGAAUUAAAUACUGCAUGCAUUCCAUAGAAGGUAGGCUGCCCUCUGGAUGCAAGUGGUACGGAGGACUGAGCUACUUGCAAGUGUCCCAUGGAUCGCUAUAUGAAGGGAGCAUGGUAGAGGGAACCGAUCCCCCUUUGAGGAACACUUCCUCCCAAGAAGGGGGCAAAGGAGAGCUCCACUUUCCCUGGGUCGCCACCACUCUGGCCAGUGUGCUCAUCACCACCAUUGUUGUGGACAUCCUUGGCAACCUGUUGGUCAUCAUCUCAGUGUUCAGAAACCGGAAACUUAGGAAAGCAGGAAAUGCCUUUGUGGUGAGUCUGGCAAUAGCAGACCUUCUGGUGGCUGUGUACCCCUACCCGCUUGUGCUGUCGGCCAUCUUCCACGACGGCUGGAUCGCCGGGAGCAUCCACUGCCAGAUCAGCGGCUUCCUGAUUGGCCUCAGUGUGAUCGGCUCCAUCUUCAACAUCACCGGCAUCGCCAUCAACCGCUACUGCUACAUCUGCCACAGCCUCAAGUACGACAAGGUCUUCUCCAACAAGAACACCGUGUGCUACGUAGUGCUGGUGUGGGUGCUCACCAUCCUGGCCAUCGUGCCCAACUGGUUCGUGGAGUCCCUGCAGUACGACCCGCGCGUCUACUCCUGCACGUUCGCCCAGUCGGUCAGCUCGCUCUACACCAUCACGGUGGUGGUGGUGCACUUCAUCCUGCCCAUCGCCAUCGUGUCGUACUGCUACCUGCGCAUCUGGAUCCUGGUCAUCCAGGUGCGCCGCCGCGUCAAACCAGACAGCCGGCCCAAGUUCAAACCGCACGACCUACGCAACUUCCUGACCAUGUUCGUGGUCUUCGUGCUGUUCGCCGUGUGUUGGGCGCCGCUCAAUCUCAUCGGCCUUGCCGUGGCCAUAAACCCACGCCUGGGUCAGGCUAUCCCUGAGUGGCUCUUCAUUGCCAGCUACUUCAUGGCGUACUUCAACAGCUGUUUAAACGCCGUCAUCUACGGCGUGCUCAACCAUAACUUCCGCAAGGAGUACAAAAGGAUUAUACUAGCCAUUUUUAAAUUCCAGUGUUAAAAAAGCCUUUUAUAUUAUUGUUAUUGAUAUUAUUAUUCCACAAGGAUAUUAUGAAGAGACAUUCACUUUGUGGCUGUAGGAAUGUUUGUUUGAGGGGGAAUGAAGAGUAUCAAUCUCACUGUGAGUGGGGCAUCAGUUUUACAGGUCACUGAGAGUUUCACUGUCACUUUUCCUUUGGUCAGGCUGCUAAUAUUACUUUUUUAUUCAGGAGGCUUGAAGUGCUUUUUGAAUUAUGAACUUUCUUUAAUGGCAAUGGCAAUCUUUUGCCUGGCUUUAUAUAUUUGCACUGAAGGGUCUUAUGAAAGAGAAAGUUAAUUUUCCCAAUUGGCUGGAAAGGCCUUUCUGUCCAGUGUAACACACAGUGAUGAAGGCAAUGUGUCUGAAGAGUUAUUACUGCAGUAAUACCAUUGUAUUUGGCAAAAAGGAAGAUUUUUACCAGUGUUUUCCACAUGCAGCCUCAUGUGUAAAUGAAAUGAUAUACCAUGGCUCUUGCAUGUUUGAUCUAACUAGUGGUGACAAAGCACCAGGAGUACCAGGAACUCUCAUUUUGCCCCAAAGAUAAUUGACUUUUGGCAGCAACUGAUGUUAUUUUAGAGGGUAGUGCAAGGAUCAACCAUUAUGAGACCAUUUUUCUUAAAGAGGACCUAUUAUGCUUUUCCGGUUUCCCCCUUUCCUUUAUGCCUAGUCCACACGUACAUGGGUAUUUCUUUUAACUGAUAUUUAGCCCCCCUGUUAAAAAAACAUCGCAUGACACAUCUCACAAAAACAACU